AUGUAUUCAUCAACCUCUGUAGACAAGUCAGAAGUUUUACAAUUUUUUCAUGGUUCACGUUAUGUUGCAUUGGAAAUUUUUACGACUGUGUAUGCAAGUGGUGUUCCUGCCUUCGGUGUCUCUGUUGAAAUCUAUCUUUUAAUUCCAUAUGUUAUAGUUACGUCUAUACUCGUCGCACGGAAAUGUGGUAGUAAGGCAACAACGACAAUUGCAAUAGUUUGGGUUCUUAAAAUUGUUUUUAUAUUCAUUGCAGUUGAAAUGAAUCAUUGGAAUUUUAGAAAAUAUCGUGAUUACAAGGAAAAAUUUAACACAUCAGCUCGUGCUCUACAACGACAAGCACUUAUAUUUAGUGUUUCAAUGUUGUUUCUGAGUGCACCAGGCUUGAAAGCCCUAUAUGCUGGUGUACACAAAAGUUUACCAUUUACUGUCAGUAUGAUACAAGCCAUUGUGGUAUUGUUGAAUUAUAUGAACCAUUAUUCUCAUACGAUAACGAUAAAUGUUUAG